AUGGCCUCCGCGCCCCCCGCGCGCGCGGAAUCAUGGACUCCGCCGCUCCCCGCCAAACCCGCAUUCCCCCCUUCCGCACCUCCCCCUUCCGCGCCUCCCCCUUCCGCGCCUCCCCCUUCCACCCAACCCCUCCGCGUGCGCUCCGCGUUUUCCGCCGCGUUCGGCGCGCGGAAGCAGUGGGACGCCGCCUCGGCGGACGGGCUGCGCGCGGCGACAGCUGUCGUGAACCGAUUGGUGCAGCUGAAGCAGCUGCCCGGCAAGGACCUCGGGGCGUUGGGGGUCAUGGAGGGCAUGGUGGGCAUGGUGGGCAGGGCAGCAGAGAAGAUCCGACGCCUCAUGGUGCUCAUGCUCCCAGGACUCGCUGCAGCUGUCGACGCCCUCGUCCCUGCCCUGCUGCCCCUCUGCCCAACCCCCCACAUACCACCUCCCCUGCAUGCACCUGCAGCAAUGGCCCUCCCCACAGCAGCACCUGAAUCGACAGUUGCGCCCUUCACUUUUGCCGCACCACUGGCAGCGCCAGUGCCAGUGUCAACAGUGUCAACACCAGCAGCAGCACCAUCACGAUCGCAAUCCGGAUGUCAAGUAGCAUUGGCAGCUUCAGUGUCCCCCUCCCCCUCAGCAGCAGUGUGGGAUGCAAAUGAGGCAUGGCAGGAGGCGUGGCAGGAGAGAGACAUGUAUCCCGAAGAACCCAUCUUCACCGCUCUCCAUCACUCGGUUUUUGAGAGGUGGGCUGUGGAUGUGGCAAACAUGUUUCACAAGGAGCUGAUGGUCAAGGACGACCGUGAGGCACCAGCGGCAAGAGAAGAAGAGGCAGAGAGCGACGCAGCAGGGUGCUUGCAAGGAGAGGGGAUGGGGACUAGUAGUGGAGAUACAGAGGCAGUGGUUGGUGGAGAGAGUGAUGAGGGACGUGUUCAGGGAGGGGCUGCCUUGUUGCAAGGACAGAAUGGAUGGAAGGGACAGGCGUGGGCACAGGGGUUUGGUGCAGCAGAGGGAGGCGAGUGGGUGGUGGUGAAGCAGCAGUUGGAGCAGUCGGGGCUGCUUGGCCGCCCGCCCACACCACAACAGCUACAGGUGUGUCUGGUGGCAUGGCUGGUGGAGAUGCACAUUGACUCUCGGCACCUCUCCUUCAUCUUUGCUGCUGUAGACGAGGAAGUGAAAAGUGCAGCAGCGUAA